GUGAAUGCGGGUCCGGAGAGAGCGGAUACAGCGAACGCGGGGUCCGGGGAGAGCGGAGCACAGCGAACGCGGGGUCCGGGGAGAGCGGACACAGCGAACGCGGGGUCCGGGGAGAGCGGACACAGCGAACGCGGGGUCCGGGGAGAGCGGACACAGCGAACGCGGGGUCCGGGGAGAGCGGACACAGCGAACGCGGGGUCCGGGGAGAGCGGACACAGCGAACGCGGGGUCCGGGGAGAGCGGACACAGCGAACGCGGGGUCCGGGGAGAGCGGACACAGCGAACGCGGGGUCCGGCCGAGAGCGGACACAGCGAACGCGGGGUCCGGCGAGAGCGGACACAGCGAACGCGGGGUCCGGCGAGAGCGGACACAGCGAACGCGGGGUCCGGCGAGAGCGGACACAGCGAACGCGGGGUCCGGCGACAGCGGACACAGCGAACGCGG